UAAAAAUCGAAAUGCCAAUGUGAACACGACUCAUGGUGUCCAACUCCUACACCAGGGACUUCGUCUGCGGACUGGGUUCAGCAGUGACCACCACGGCCAUCACCUUUCCCAUCAACAAACUCAUCUACAGACAGGUCCUGGUGGGGGGCAACUUGGGCAAGGCCUUCAACAGCAUCCGGCAGGAGGGCAUAGUGUACCUGUACAGGGGCGGCAUGCCGCCCCUAGUGCAGAAGGCCACCUGCCUGUCGACCAUGUUCGGGGUGUACAAUUCGGUGACGAUGCCGCUGAAGAAGUACCACUUGAACGAGUACGUCGAAAAGGUCUGCGGCAGCUGCGUCUCGGCCACGGUCGAGGCAGCCUUCGUCCCCUUCGAGCGCAUCCAGGUGCUCCUCGUCCACUCCAAGUACAACGACCGCUUCAAGAACAUGGUACACACCUUCCGCGAAGUCCACAAGCACUACGGCGUGCGUGAAUUCUACCGAGGCUUCACGGUCGUCUGGAUCCGGAACAUAGCCUCCAACUGCUGCUUCUUCAUCACCAAGGGCGAGAUCCAGAAGUCAAAGUUGAUGAAGAAUGAGAAUUACUCGUCUGGGCUGAAGAAUUUCGUGUCCGGAGGUGUGUUGGGGCUGAUGAUGUCGACGUUCUUCUAUCCCUGCAAGGUCAUGAAGAUCGUGCUGCACCAGAAUCUGGGAGGGAGGUUUUUGAGCCUGCGCGAGACUGCUAGUAUCGUGUACAGGAGGAACGGUAGGGGGAUGAGGAAUUUUUACACGGGGGUGGUUACGAACGGGGUGAGGUCGUUGCUCAGCUGGGGUAUCACCAAUAUGACGUUCGAGUUUUUGAGGCAUUCCAUGUAACUUGAAAUUAAGUGUUGAUGCGUUUGAAAAUGAAAUGGGUUCUAUGAUAAUACAGUUUUCCAUUACAACGUAUUCAGUGUUUAUAUUAAUUCUUUAGAGAACUUAGCAUGAACUUAAGGGUAUCCCAACAACAAUACGUUCACAAUGGGUUUAUCCAGAAGUAUUCUACUAAUUUCGCUAAGCUUCACUGACUUCUGGUUAUGGACAGAACUUUCAACUGAUCACUAAGAGCAAGGAGAAGAAUUU